CAUGUUAUUUCAAUCUCGGGGACAACGUUGAAAUGCGUAAUGGUGAUCGCAUCGCGAUUUUCAAAGUUCCCUGGUGCUCGAUCCACGAUUUUAUUUGCUUUCACUGGGCUAAAGAAGGGAAUGCUGAGCUGAGACUAAAAUCAGGCCAUAGCCAAUCGCGCAAGGAGCAUAAGAAAAUCUUCGCUGCUGAGAAGCUUUCCGUUUUGUUGGCGGAUGAAGAGACGUAUUAUCAGUUCUGUUAUGUGUCGGAAGACGGCGACAUUAUUGGCAGGAGCGAAACGUUCCAGAUUUUUGUGGAAAAUAAGGCUAUGAGCUCGUCGAUGAAGACCUCUAUCAUUGAGGGAUGCCAAGAUUGUGCUGAGAUGAAGCGUCGCAUUUCUUCGUUGGAAACAGUAUUGGCUGAAAGCACGAGGGACAAGGCUGCAGCAGUCAUCAACGAAGCUAUG